AUGUUUCACGAUUCAAUGGCUAGAUAUCUAUACCAUUUCCGAAAAAUCAUAGCUUUCUAUUUUCGGUUUGAAAAUCUACUUUCGAUUUCGACCUUCAGACUGGUUCGAAAAUUUCUUCAGCAAAAAAGAUACCUUUCAUAUUUAUAUGUAAACUCAGUCUUAAUUUACAAAAUGGCCGACAAAGAGUUGCAAGAGCGAAUUUUAAGAUUUCUAAAUGGAAAACCAAAGAAGACAGAGGCUGCUGCAAAAAUUAUACAAGCUCUUCGUGUGCCAAAAAAAUCUUUAAACAAUCAGUUGUACAAAUUACAGCGUGAUGGUCGAGUAAUCAAAGUUGAGGAGUCCCCACCUGUUUGGGCUGUACAAUCGGGAACGUCAGUGACUGCACUGGCCCCAAGAACAACCAGAUCAAGACGUAAAUCUGAAAACGCCGAGAAAAAUACAGAGGGAGAUGAGGAACUUGAAAGAAAGAUUCUAGAAUUUUUAAGAGGGAGGUCAAAGCCAAGCAAGUCACUUGACAUCGCCAAGGGAACAGGUCACUCUAGAGCCAGUGAUGUGAACACGACUCUGUACAAAAUGCUGGAGAAGGGUUUGAUUGACAAAGUAUCGGAGAAACCACCAACAUGGAUAGCUACAUCAGGAGGGGCAGGUGCAAGAGCCAUUGAAUUCAAACCAUCAGCAAACAGUUACCCUGAGGACAGUUACCCUACAGACAGUUACAUUGUGGACAGUUACCCUGCAGACAAUUAUCUUCCCGGAGGUCAAGGUAUUCCGGUCUUUCAGGAUACUGAACUGUUCAAGACCGAGCCACAGUUUGAAUCUGAGGCAUCUGAAGUAUAUACAACUGUGCAAGAAAAAAACGAAGAUGAUGAUAGUGAAAGUGAGAAUAAAAAGAGCAGUCAGAGAUUUAUAGAAAAUGAAGAUGAAAAAGAUUUUGAAACUGAACAUCCUGAAAGAAAUAUAGAUGGAGAUAAUUCAUCUGUCACUCCAGGUUAUAGAGAGGAGGAUAUUUCAACACAAGGAUCAUAUAAAAUGUUUGAAGGAUAUGGAGAUUCUAGUGUGUCUAGAAAUUGUGCUGAUUGGAAUGAAGCCAUUGAAGAUGAUUCUCUUGAAUGUGAUGGCGAAGAUCACAUUAAACAAGAACAAGGAACUGGAGAAAGUAUGGAAAUGUCAAGUUCAGGGGCAAACUCAGUGAACAGGGAAGGUGAUCAAAGUGGUACAGUGAUAGGUCGCACAGAUAAUUUAGCAGAAGAAAGUAAUGAGCUUGUUUCCAUGGAAGAAGAUAAUGGGAGUACAAGAAACCAACUUGUACAUGAAGCUCCUGAGUUUGAUAGAGAGUAUGUGAAGAAACCAAAAACAUUCAGAGAUGUGUUUAGAUUAGAUGAUCCAAUGUCUGAUGACACUAGUAGCUCUUUUGAUAGUGCAAAAGAAAUUGAUGCUGAACUAAGAACAGAAGAUGAUAGUAAUGACAGUCGGAAUGUUAAAGAUUUUGCAAUGUGUUGCAGUGAAACUGAUACUUCAUCUGAAAAUAAAGAUGAGAAAAGCACUCCGGAAAUUUCUGCUGUUUCAGUAGAAAGGGUUACACCAGAGCAGACUAAAGUAUCAAGGGAAUGGAAUACUCCUCAGAUACUAGAUGAAGUGCUUGAUUUACAAGAAGAUUUGACAGGUUCAGCUGCAGAAACAGAAAAUCCUGCAUUAGGUGAAGGUGAAGAUACUGAAUAUGGUGAUUCAGAAGCAGUUGAGAAUUCUCAGUUACCUGAAUCUUCUGCAGUAACUGAACAUGCAUUAGAAGCAAAGGAUGAAAUUAGUCAGGUAGAGAUGAAUGAUAGUUUUGGAAAACAAGUGGAAGAGAACGAAGAAAUGGCUGAUGAGAAUGAUCAGGAUAUGAAAUCAAAUGACAUUGACAUGGAAGACUGUGAUAAAGUUCUAAAAGUUCUUCAAGAACUUAAAGGUAUUGCACAAUUUGUGCUUAAAAGAAAGACAGAUAUACCUCCAGAACAUUUAGAUGAGGUUUUACAGAAAUGUUUGUCCUUGAACUAUGUGUCGGGCAGUUCCAAAUUGUGGAAAAUUACAGAUGAAGGACUUGAUUACAUUAGUAAGAAAAUGGGAGACAAUAACAUUGUAAAAGAAACUGAAAUGUAUACUCUACCUGAAAGAAAAGUUAAGCCUACAUUUAAAGGCCCCCCGCCAUCACCAAUGGCACUGUUGAAAAAAGAUGAAAGAAAUGUCAGUGGAAAUAGUGGUAUGGGCGAUAGUGUGAGUAAACAGACUGUUAGAUCAUCACUUUCAGUUUUUACAUCUCAUAGUCCAAAUUCUUUGUUCAAGCCACCACCAGCAAAAAUUAGUAAAACUACAUCGGCAAGUGUCAUUUCAGCUAAAUCUAACAGUGGACCACAGUCAUUAAUGUCAAUUCAGUUUGAUUCAAACACAGCUAAAUUUGCACAGAAGCCAGGAGGUAUAAACCAAGGUUCAGUUCUAGGUACACCGCAGCCUUUAAUGUCAGUAAAAUUUGAUUCAAGUCCAAUGAAUAAAACGAGAAAUAUACCACCUCAAAGUGGUUCAAAUACAAACAAAGUUACUGAUAAUCAGGAAAAAGUUACAAUGGUGCCAAUGGAAACAAAUAUUCAGAAAUUGGAGUUGAAUUCAAAUUUAUGGGGAACUGGAGCAAACUCAAACACUAUGAGUUCAAAUGUUUACAAUGUUAACACAAAAUCACAAGUUUCAAAUUCAGAUUUUUCUGCGAACAAAUUGUUUCCAAGUUCAAUACAAAGGUCGUCACCUAAAGAAGCACUUGGAUUUCAAAAUUCAGUUAACCAGCGGUUGUCUUCUCCGCAGAAUGCUAGAAAGACUGCGCUUGUGACACAAGAAGUACAAAAACGAGAAAUACCCAGUAAAUAUGCGGAUUAUCCAAACCAGUCUACAAGUCUUCAGUGUUUAAAAAGCAAAACACAACCUAAAUCUGUAAAUAAAUCAGUCCCCAGUUCUCAAAGUAAAAGUGCAUUCAAUAAAGGCCCACCACCAUCACCUUUAGAUAUUUUAUCAAAGGGGUUGAAGAAAACAGAAAUUUCACCCCCAAGUAGCUAUAAAGAUAAAAUAUCAACAAGUCAUCCUAGUGGUACAUUUUCUACAAUGUCUCAAACAUUGUCAAACAGAAGUUCAGGAAGUUCAAGUCAGUCAGCAGAGAACAAGUCUGUUUUUUCAUCUGGACAAUUUUCUCAGUCUGGUUCUCAAAAUUACUUUUCUGGAAAUAAACUUGAACAGACUGUAACUGUCAACCAGUCUAGUUUUACACAGUCAGGUUCAGUGUUUGCAAAUCAGAGUAGACAGACUAGUUUUCAAAGACCAGAUUUAACUAUGAACCAGGCUACUGUACAAAGUUCAGCUGUGAGGCCUGCAACUAGAGGCCCACCACCACCACCAGCUGUGAAGUUAGGUCUUCAGGCACCACAGUCUGCUCCAGUACCUAUAUCAAUAUCAAAACCAGCUCAAAAUACUCCAAGACCAAACCUUGGUCUCGCGCUCAAUACUGAAAGUUUUAACGCUUUGAACAAGAAUCCUGUCAGUGCCCUGAUGGAGUAUGCUCAGUCACGAAAGUUAGUAGCGCGAGUGGAAGUCAUAAGUCAGAGGGGAUCUUCUCAUAAACCAACAUUUGAGAUGGCAGCUUUUGUAGGUAACCGGAAGUUCCCAUCUGUGAGCUGCCACAAUAAGAAAGAUGGUAGAAAAGAGGCAUGUGAUAUUGCAAUGAGACAGGUUGUAGCUGAAGGACAGUUCCAGGCAGAGAAUGCUUCAGCACAAAAUAAUACAACUACCAUCUCUCCGGUGCCAUCGGCCAAUAUGACUCACUUUGAUACCAUAGCUGCACUGACCCAUCGAGGUUUUACAGCCCUCGUGUCACAGAUUACAGCCGAAUCUUUCGCUGGCCGUAAAGUCAUUGCUGGGCUUGUCAUGAAGAGGUCAGCUGAAGACACCGGAGUUCUUAUCAGUUUGGGAACAGGUAACCGUUGUAUCACUGGUCAACAGUUGAGUCUCCAAGGAAACACGGUGAAUGACUCGCAUGCUGAAAUUAUUACCAGGCGUGGUUUUAUAAGGUUCCUGUACAAACGGCUAAUGGAGUUUGACCCUAGUCGUCCUCAUCCAAUGUUUGAGACGUCGCCUAGAGGGAAACUGCAAGUACGACCAAAUAUCACAUUCCAUUUGUAUAUUUCAACAGCACCCUGUGGAGACGGAGCUCUUUUCUCUCCAAGAGAUGCUGAGUCGUCAAAAGCUCCCAUAGAUUCUCGUGUACGACCCCCGCAUGAACCUACGUUCUCGAGCAAUGUACAGGGACUUCUUAGAACUAAAGUUGAAGGAGGUGAGGGUACUAUCCCUAUUGAGCCAGGGUUCAAAGCACAAACAUUUGAUGGUAUACAGAGAGGAGAAAGGUUACGAACCAUGUCAUGUACAGAUAAAAUCUGCCGCUGGAAUGUUGUCGGCAUGCAAGGGGCAUUACUCAGUCACUUCCUGGAACCUAUCUAUCUCGACUCUCUUACAUUAGGACUAUUGUAUGAUCAUGGGCAUUUAUGUCGGGCAGUGUGCUGUAGAGUUGGGCGUGGUGCAGUCGAUGUAAACAGUGAGCUACCCCAAGGGUACAGACUUAACCACCCAUGGCUGGGCCGGGUCACUGUGUGUGAUCCUCCCAGAGAAGUACAGAAAACCAAAGCUCUAAGUAUCAACUGGUGUUUUGGAGACAAAGGACCCGAGGUCACCGACGGUACACAGGGUCUCUGCUACACAAGGUGUGUCGUUACAGAUUUUGUGUGA